AUGUCCAAAAAAGAUGGUGAUUUGAUUAAGCUUUGUCGGAAUGCUAUGAGAACUUUGAAUGUACAAAUAAGAAAGGUAUCCAAGGAGCGUGCACGCAUAUAUUUAGUGCAAUCAUUUAACGGAUUUGUUGAAAUUAGGUAUAUAGUUCGGCCACUGCCAACAAUAUAUAUACUAGAACAAUUUGGACGCAUCAAAAUACCUGCCACCUUUGGUAAUUUCGAACAGUUUUCAAAAGACAUGAUAUGCUUGAUGGAUUGGCAGACAGGUGUCUUGUUAACAGCUAGAGUAAUAAAUAAAGCAACCACGAAUUUUAUGAAAAAUAAUAAUGAUAAUUGCAUAACUUCAGUGAAUGAUACUCCACAGAAGAAAGAAAGUAACAAAAAUCAACCCUUACCUAAAUCUCCAUCUUCCGAUUCCCAACCUCCUAGUUCUCCAUCUCCCGGUUUCUCUUUAUUGGAUUCACCA